AGAGUUGACAUUUUUGGUUGCCUGCGUAAUAUGGGCAAUCGAUUCUUUGAUUUAUUGAAUUUGUGUAUUUGUUUAUAACAAAGUCUGAAAGUAGUGCUUUUAUUUUUAUUAUAAUAAUAACAAAGAAAAGAAAAUUGGUAUUAUAUAGGUACUACUAUAUAGAGGCAAUUAAAUUAAUAAUGAGAUAAUAUCGUUCCCAUAAUUUGUUGUAAUAUAUAGCUUAUAUAGCUCUUUACAAAGAGUUGGGUUUGGUAUGUGUGUUAUUAUAUUAGGAUCUUACUUCAAAGAUGCCAAACUCUUAUGCUUCUUCACAUGAUCAACAUCUUCAAACCAAUAAUCUACUCUCAACAAAGAAGGAUUGUGAAAUUGAAAAUACAAAAGCUGAAAUGGGAGAAGUAAGAGAAGAAAACAAGAGACUAAAAACUGUGUUAAAUCACAUGGAGAAGGAUUACAAGUCUCUUCAAUUGAGAUUUUUUGACAUAGUCAAAGAAGUUGAUCAUCAUGAUCAUGAUCAUGAUCAAGAUUUGAAGAAACCAAUUACAAUUAUUACAAAUUGUGAUGAUGAAAUUGAAGAAGCUGAUCAACUUGUGUCUCUUAGGCUUGGAAGGAGUCCAAAAAAUAUUACUAAAACCAAUUUAAUGAUCAGAAAAAGUAGAGAUGAUGAAGAUCAAGAUCAAGAUCAUCAAGAGGAGUUGAUAAAGGCAAAUCUCACACUUGGAUUAGGCUCUAAUAAUGAUAAUGAUCAAUUAAAGCAAUUGAGUUCGGAGAUUGUGAUUAAUGAGGCCACCCCAGAUAAUAGUUCAGAGUUAUUAUUAGAAGCAAAUAAUAAUAACAAAAUUCCAAAUAGUAUUAAUAAUAAUAAUAAUAAUAAUAAUAAUAAUAAGAUGAUUAAGAGUAGUACUUGUACUAGUAGUAGUAAUAAUGAUCAAGAUGAAGUAGUUUCACAAGCUCAAGUUAAAAGAGCUAGAGUUUCUGUCAGAGCAAGAUGUGAUACUCCAACGAUGAACGAUGGAUGUCAAUGGAGGAAAUAUGGGCAGAAAAUUGCUAAAGGAAAUCCAUGUCCACGAGCUUACUAUCGUUGCACGGUUGCACCAUCCUGCCCAGUUAGAAAACAGGUACAAAGAUGUGCGGACGACAUGUCCAUACUAAUCACCACCUAUGAAGGGAGUCACAACCACCCACUUCCGGUGACGGCCACGGCCAUGGCUUCCACCACUUCGGCCGCGGCCUCUAUGUUAUUAUCUGGCUCUUCAACCUCAUCAUCUAAUCAUCAUGACCAUCCAUUUUUCACACCCAACAAAAACUCAUCACCCCUUAACAUGAUAAAUGGGCUUGUACAAAAUAAUAACAACUUCAAUUAUUUUGAUCAUACCCUAAGAACAAAACAAUUCUAUUCCUCUACUAGUUUAUCUCCUUUGUUCCCAACUAUCACACUUGAUCUCACCACACCACAAUUAACCUCUUCAACAACAUCAGCUUUUGCUCCAUCAUCAAAUUCAAGAUCAUCAUCACUCCAUAGUUUUGGGCCCACAUCUGAGCCCAAACAACCACCACUUUGGGGUAAUAAUGUGGGCUACUUAAAUUACGGCCCAAUGUAUUACGACAAAGCCCAUCAAACUAAUAAUGGGCCUUUGAAUCUUGGUGGUAAUAAACAGGCCCAAGAAUUCAUUUACCAACGUUGUGCAGAAAAGAUAGUGAGUUAUAAUAAUAAUAAUCAUAAUCAAGGUUCAUCUGCACAUGAAACGUUGACUGAAACGUUGACCAAGGCUAUAACUUCUGACCCAAGCACUUUCAAAUCGGUUAUUGCGGCUGCAAUCUCGUCCAUGGUUGGAGGUGGUGAAACCCAUCUUGGCCGGAAGCAAGAUGGAGUUGAGAAGUUAAGUCAACGGUUGACUUUGGGUGAUGUUAGUACUAAUACUUCUACUACAGCUACAACUGCAAAUACUAAUAAUAAUACUAGUAAGGCUGUUUCACAUAAUCCGUUGACUCUGCAGAAUGGUCAAGGACUUUCUUCUAGCUACUUCAACAGAUUGUCAUCUUCAAACUUUUAAGUUUUAAGCUUAGUCUUGAAUUAAUAGAUUUAUUACAUAAUAUAGCAUUAAUGUUGUUACAUAAAUAUAUAUAUAAUAUGUACGUAUAGUGGUAUUUGUAUAUGGUGUGGCAGCGUAUCAACACUGCUUCAUAAUUGUUAGUAGUCUCAUAUAUAUAUAGUUCCUCAUGUAACAGUAUUGAAACGCUACCACAUUAUAUUAUCACAUAAUAUACAUAUAUAAUAUUGAUAUUCUUACUAGUUUUUACAAA